AUGAAAGGCUUCAGGCAGAGAGUGCACGAACAGCUGUCACGAGCAAAAGACUCCAACAAGUCGUCAAAGAAGCGAGAUUCGAACAAUACUUCGAAUGCUGGACUGAGCGCUAACCACAAUGCCCAAUCGACCAGUCCCAACCACGUAACCCCUACUUCUUCUACAACCUCACUGAACGAAACGAGGAAUACAAAAUCGGAAAAUGUGUCCCCCGCCGCUGCCGGUUCUCCAGCAGGCCAGAAUAACCAAGGUGCCGCGGCUCCAGCUGGUGCAGGACAACAUUUUGUGCCUAAUGCGCAGGCAAUAGGCGGCAAUCUCGGCGGUCAGCCAGGGAACGUUCCUGGAACGCCCACAAGACAGGGACAACAACCCAUUACACCCAGUGUUGUGAUUAGUCCUAGCGCUCCGCAUGUCCCUCCUCCUGGAGCAGCCGAAACCAUGCCCGGCGACCUCGCGCCCCCGAAGAAAUCACACGUCUUUGAUAGACUGCAUUCGACGCCGAAAGAUAUUUCCGAGGGUAUCAGGACACCUAAGCGCCAGCAUUCAUCUCGAUUUGAUAUCUCGGAUCAACGCCAGCGAGAACUGGAAAAGCUGCCUGGCUUCCAUGAGGUCCCACCAAACCGUCGCCAGGAUCUCUUCAUGCAGAAGAUUGACCAGUGUAACAUCAUAUUCGACUUCAAUGAUCCCACUGCCGAUAUGAAAUCCAAGGAGAUCAAGAGACUGGCACUACACGAGUUGCUCGAUUAUGUUGCAAACAACCGUUCGGUUAUCACAGAACCAAUGUACCCUCGCGUGGUUGAUAUGUUCGCCAAGAAUCUAUUCCGACCCAUUCCACCACCAGUGACUCCGCAGGGAGAGGCAUAUGACCCGGAAGAAGACGAGCCUGUUUUGGAGGUGGCUUGGCCUCACAUUCAAGUCGUUUACGAGUUCUUCUUGCGUUUCAUCGAAAGCCAAGAUUUCAACACGAACAUUGCGAAGCAAUAUAUUGAUCACCAAUUUGUUCUCCAGUUGCUCGAAUUAUUUGAUUCUGAAGACCCCCGCGAACGCGAUUUUCUCAAAACGACAUUGCACCGUAUCUACGGAAAGUUUCUCAAUUUGCGCUCAUAUAUCCGACGAUCAAUAAACAACGUCUUCUUCCAGUUCACAUAUGAGACUGAGCGCUUCAAUGGUAUUGCGGAACUGUUAGAAAUUCUAGGAUCUAUCAUCAACGGUUUCGCCUUGCCGUUGAAGGAAGAACACAAGCUAUUCUUGACACGAGUGUUGAUCCCAAUGCAUAAACCAAAGGGUCUCAGCAUGUAUCACCCACAACUCGCAUAUUGCAUUGUUCAGUUCCUCGAAAAGGACUCGGUACUCACAGAAGAUGUUGUUAUGGGUCUACUUCGCUACUGGCCCAAGGUGAACAGCACCAAAGAAGUGAUGUUCCUGAAUGAGGUCGAAGAUAUAUUUGAAGUCAUGGAUCCGACGGAAUUUGCCAAGGUCCAAGGGCCACUUUUCACUCAGUUGGCCAAGUCGGUUGCCAGCCCUCACUUCCAGGUUGCUGAGCGAGCCUUAUACUUUUGGAAUAAUGAAUAUUUCUGCAACUUGGUUAGCGACAAUGUCGAGACUAUCUUGCCCAUCAUGUUUGCGCCGUUGUAUGAAAACUCCAAGGGUCAUUGGAAUAGAACAAUCCAUAGCAUGGUGUACAAUGCCAUGAAGCUCUUCAUGGAGAUCAACCCUCAGCUCUUUGAUGAGUGUUCUCAGGAAUAUAAUGAACACCAGAAUGGAGCCGAUGAGCGAGAACAGGCUCGUCGCCGAAGAUGGGAGGUACUCGCUGAACAAGCCGAAAAGCGGAAACAAGGCCUCAUCACAGAUCCCGUUUCAUCGACAAACUCGAUUUCUGCAUCCAAAGCCGAUGAUCUUGAUCCAGUUACCCAAGACAGCCAAAAGCGGCUAAACGCCCUCAAACUUGAUGAGACCACCACAAUUAAAGAGAGGGCCACAACUUCGGUUAGUUAA